AUGCGUCCAGUGAAGAGUGGCGCAGCUAGAGCAAGCAGCAAACUGGUCGAAGUGGUCGCACCUACAGUCUCGCAGCCUAAAAAUCUACCUCCAAAUGGCCCUCCCCAUAGUGGUCCUCCCCCUUAUCAAGGUUAUCCUCCUCAGCCAGGCGGGCCACCUGGAUUUACCUACAUGCCGACACCGGUCAUGAUGCCCAUCUACCCUCCGGAACAAAUUAAUACGCAGCCAGCCUAUAUUCCGGAGCAAAUCAACAUGCAGCCAGGUUAUCCUCCGCCACAUAUGAACACGCAGCCAGGUUAUCCUCCGCAACAAAUGAACACGCAGCCAGGCUAUCCUCCGCAACAAAUGAACAUGCAGCCAGGCUAUCCUCCGCAACAAAUAAAUAUGCAACCAGCCUAUGUUUAUCCACCUCCACCUACACCAGCACCUGACCCCGUUGUUGUGGUUAAUGAUUCUGAACCUCAAUCUAAUGUUAUACAUUGGGUUCCAACGGAAAUGAAAAAGGCUAAAAAGCUAAAAAAUGAGGCUCUUGUUGUUGGGAAAGAAGCGUGGGGUGGAAGUCCUUUUUGGGCUAUCAGGUCUCACCAUAGUGGGCAUCUCAUACCUGGCAAGUUGGUUACUAAAGAGAAAGCCGCGUAUAUACCAUAUUAUGGUAAGGAAUUACCUGUCCACAAUUUCGAGGUUCUUUGUGCUCCGAGUGAGGCAGUCCAUUGGUUACCCGCUACUAACGGUGACAUACCAACAAGUGCUAUAAUCGCAGGAAACACUGACACUGGCGAACCUCUGUUUCUUGGUAGAGCACGCCAUAAAGGAUCUAUGACCCCAGGCAAGGUUCAAGGUAGCAAAGGAGGUAUAUUUAUUCCUUACUCUGGAAAAGAAGUAUUCUACGAUACUUACGAGGUUCUAUGCAGAAUGGAUGGCUUUUAAAGAGAGAUAUUUUAUUUAAAUAAAAAACUGUACAUAUUCGUUUAAAAAAAUUAAAAUAAAACUAUUAU